AUGUGGUUAGUUUCGAAAAACAGUUCCCUGCUGUCGCCUGAUCUGACGCUGAUCAUUUUACAUAUUGCCUUAAGAAAAUUAAGGGUGUUGGGGUCCAUCGGGCCGAGAACCUCGAUACAUAUUGGCAAGAAUUCCAUCGAAGGGAGGGCGUUCCCAUAUUUUUUCAUUUUCUCGUCCGCUGCCCUGGCCGCGGCCAAACCGCAUUCUUUACUUGGCGGUGCGCAGGGCUCCGUCAAAUUCGCCCAAUUUAGAAGGGUCAAUGUGUUUGGAUGUACGCAGGAAGUACAUCAAUUUGGGCAAACUGAGGGCAUUCCGGAUAAUAGUCAAGGCAUCAUGGGCCGAAAGACAGGAAACACGACCCAGGGCGAAUUUUAG